CUUCAGCUCAAGUUCGCAUGGAAUGUUAUCAUGUGACGAGUCACAUGGGCUUGCGGUUUUCUAAACAGGCAUCCCAAGUUAUGAGGGAACGCAAAUUUAUCAUUAUCAGAUUAUCAUCAUUAUUAUUUUUCGACAGACCUUUAUUUGGCGAUGAUUUCUUAAAAUCGGAUUGACUUUCGGGGCGUCUGAAGACUUUUAUUUCCUUCAGGGUCUUCGUUUCCAAGUCAGAACAAAACCUUACAAGUUUAGCAAAUGGACACGGAAGUAACUUCUUUUCAAGGAUUGGCUCAUCAGUUGGAUUUCUAGAAGAUCCAUUAACCCAAAAUGACUAAAUACGACCAAAAUAAUCAUGGGUUUACCAAAGAACAACUUAAACAUGUUGGUCUGAAUUAUACAACUGAGAAAUGGAGUCGAGCGCUAAUAACGAAAUUCGGGAACGACUGAGAAAUCGUCUUUUACAGCGAAUCCAAAAGACAGGGAAGGCAACAGGUAGGAGCGAUUUGAUCAACCACCCGUCGUCCCAAGCCGAGCAAAGACAAAACAAACUGCAGACUWAUUCCAAAAAGAAGGGCUCAAGAUUGGUUAAAAUAUCCAAUUCCCAAGAUGACUAUCGUGAUAAAGAAGUAUCAAAGGAAAAAGAAGGAAAGAAAGAACAUCAUAUGUCCGUCAAAGCAAAUGCAACUGCAGCAUCCCUUUCGACUGCUAUCAAGCAUUUGAUCAAGAAUCACCACAAUGAAGCUGAUUAUAAGGAACUUAGGAAAAGUCAACGCCAGCCCGUUUCUACUGCGAAAAGCUCAGCUCAAAGCAGCAAAAACGACAGUUUCAAGCAUGACUCGACCAGAAAAUCCGUGAAACAUCGCAGAAUUACUAGUGAGAAACAUGAAAAGGAGCAUAAAAUGUCACAAGACAGAGACCACCUUGACCUUGGUCCGACCCCAGACAGUCCCAUGAUGCCUGGUAGUAAUGUCAAUCUCUUCUGUCCGCUGUGUCAUGAGAUGUAUGUGAAUCCAAGACUGCUGCCAUGUUUGCACACUUUCUGUAAGCGAUGUCUUGAGAACAUGGUGCCACCUCGUUCUCUCAGUUUAAGUUGUCCUUCUUGUAGAACGGACAUACCACUAGGGGAUCGAGGGAUCACAGGUUUYCCGCCAAAUUUUGUCGUCACGACGAUGAUUGACGUGGCUGCAUUGCGUAAUCACGAUCAGAAGCCUAUUCUGUGUAGUAGUUGUGAGGACAAGCUACCAGCCGCUGCUCGGUGUAUUGAAUGUAUGGACUUCCUGUGUUAUGAUUGCCGUAAUGCCCAUAUGCGUCUACGACUCACAAAAUCUCAUCGGGUUGUUUCAAUAGAAGAACUUCGCUCCAAUCCCCAUCCAGAGGAUCUUCUUCAUCGGCCAAUCUUCUGCUCUGACCAUUCUCAAGAAAAACUUAGGUACUUCUGUGAAACCUGCGAACAGGCAAUUUGUCGGGAAUGUACAAUGACAACGCAUUCUACAGGAAAUCAUAAAUACACRCAAYUAACGGACACCAUCGACAAACAGACCUCCUCUAUCACUCAGCUCGUCGACAAGCUACGACGGAAAAUCCCUGUAGUCGAACAGUCAACCAAAGACGUCGAGGAAGUCACGUGCAGACUGGAAGCUAGAGCUGAAGUYGCUAAGUCAGAAGUACAAAAAUGUUUUCCCAGGAUAUUGAAGAUUUUACAAGAACGAGAAAAGUCCAUGAUGAAUGAAGUUGAGAAUAUCAUGAGAAAGAAGUCAAACGUGCUGAGUCUGCAGCAAGAACGACUGGAAAACGAGUUAAAGAAACUCAGYAUCACGUGCACCUUUACUGAACAAGUUCUUCGGCACGGAAAUUCAGUUGAAAUCCUUGUUGUCAAGAAACAACUGUGUGAYCGGCUUAACGAACUGAUCACUGCCAAGUUUCAAGGCGAACCAGAGGAAAACGAUACGAUAUAUUUCAUUGGUAACCAGGACGAGGUGAUUCGAGCCAUUGAAAACCUUGGACAAAUCAAGACAAGUCAGGCUUUUCCUAACAUGAGUUCAGUCAAUGACGCUCCAACACGAGCUAUCAAAGGACGAACAUCUAAAUUUACUGUACAGACACGUGAUCACAUGGGAAAUCCGUGUUCUGGUGGCGGUGAAGACGUUAUGGUUGACGUGUACUCAUCAGAUGGGAGAACAGUUCCUGCUGAAGUUGACGACCAUCGCAACGGUUCGUAUGGUGUUUCAUAUACACCACAAAGCAGUGGGAUGCACAAGGUGUCAGUUACGGUACGAGACAAGCACAUUCAAGGAAGCCCGUUUAAAGUGAACGUCACAAGCGGCGCCGAAACAUUUGUUCGGUUUGGAAGGAAGGGAUCAGAUGUCGGUGAAUUCAAUGGGAUUUUUGGUGUUGCAGUUGAUGAUGAAAACAGAAUUAUUGUUACUGAUUGUCACAAUCACCGCGUGCAAGUUUUUAACUCACAAGGAGGAUUUAUAUUCCAAUUUGGUCGCAAGGGGGACGGAAAUGGCCAGUUUCAAUGUCCAACCGGUGUUGGCAUCGAUCCUGAAGGCAGAAUUAUUGUUUGCGAAAGACUAAGCUCUAGAAUACAGUUAUUUGAUCGUGAUGGUAUGUUCCAACACAAGUUCCAUGUUCCCGAUCUAAAAGCUUCUACCUUGGCUGUUGACGAAAAUAGACGAAUUGUUGUGGCAGAUUCCGCUAAUCGUUGUAUCCACGUGAUUUCUCUUGAUACUGGUCAGUCUUUCAAAUUUGGUUCAUUUGGAGACAGUAACGGCGAGCUAAGUUACCCUUGUUAUGUAGCCGUCAAUCCUCAAGGACACAUCAUAGUAUCAGAUAUGCACAGCCAUCGUAUACAGAUUUUUGAUUCACGUGGUAGAUUCCUAUUCAAUUUUGGCCGAAAGGGAAAUCAAGACGGUGAGCUACAGAGACCAACAGGAGUUGCUGUCAUGCAAAAUGGCCACAUCAUCGUGGCAGACCGUGAUAACCAUCGCAUUCAAAUCUUCUCUAGUGAUGGGAGAUUCUUGUCGAAGUUUGGCAGUAAAGGUGACGGGGAAGGCCAGCUUAACGACCCCCAUGGUCUCGCUUUGACGCCUGAUGGAAAUAUUUGCGUGGCGGAUUUCAGAAAUAACCGUGUCCAGAUAAUACCAGGAAUGCCUCCAAUUCGAUGAUUGCUUGACGUACCAAAUGGAAUAUUUUGGAGGUCGCAAACAAUUAUAAAAUUGCCAGGAUCGAUAGUAGUGUUUUAAAUUUUGAACAGUAAGGCCGGGGAUCUUAGAUCCACGUGUUACUAAUUCAAAUAACCCCGGUAAGCAAGGACUGGCAAAUACGAACAACAUAACAAUCUUGAUACAAAGACUUCUGAGUGAUUGUGUUGUUGUGGGGUUUUCUCCACUUUUUCUCUCGCAGCAAAACAAUUUGUACUCGUAAGAGAAAACUGGGGUUUUAGUAUUAAUGAUGCUAUGCAGUUUUGUUGUUUGUAUUUGUCAUCAUCAUAUUGCAGGUUCUCGCAAUAAUCCUCCAAUAUUAUCGAAAAAUAAAUCUUCCACUUUGCUAGACUUCGCUUAGAACGUCCUCAGCUUUUUACGUUAGCGAGUUUUACCAGCUUCUUGUUGCUACGUUUUAAGCAUCAUUAACGACAAUGGUCAAUAUGGAAGAAACUUUAUUUUUCCUCUUGUCCGCGCACUUUUCAAUGCGCUGUAGAGUGAAUUAAAGCAUAGAUCGUGUACUUGAAAUAGUGAAUGCAUCCAAAAAAACGCACAAAUACUAGUAAAAGAUCUGAGGAAAUUCAGAAACUAUAUGGUUAAAGGCACAUUUAACGUAAGAAUAUGGGUGUUAACACUGAAUAUGCUGAACAAUUAAUGAUUUCAAAUACUUAUUGUAUAUUCAAUGGCAGGCGGAGGGAAGAAUUCGUUCAAUUUUUGUGGGGCUUUUAUUCGUGUUUUUCAAAAUAUCACAACUCACACGGACUUAAUUUGUUGAACACCACUAUACCGAUAUUGUAAAACUGAUUUUUAUCAUUAAAUGAAAGGAUGUAAACAGA